AUGUAUGCAGCGUUAUUCCAAGCAGAAGCUUUCGCAGCGGCCGCGGUAGAGCAGGUGGAGCCUGGUCUUCAUCACGGCCAUGUGGGUCACGUGUGUGAUCCCGAACUUGUGUGCAAUGUCGGUGCAACCGAGCGGAGCCCAGUGCCCGCGGUUGUUGUGCUCGUACAAGUGGAGCAGCGUGCUGUACGAGUGCUCGCCGAGCAUGAAGAGCUUGCCCAACGGGGACCACUCCACGAAGCGCGGCUGCUGGCGCGUGACCACGGAGAGCCAAUGCUCGCGCGAGUCGUAGCACAGCACGCGCGCGGAGGUGCACACGAGCACCAUGCGGUCGUAGGGGCACCAGGCCACGCGCGUGAUGGCGUCGUCGUCGCCCGCUCGGCACACGGCCAGGGAGCGGAACGCGGUCGGGCGCACGGCCCAGCGGUAGAAGUGCAUGUGCGUGCGGUCCGCGACGCAGAGAAACUGGCGGUCGCCGCUGAGCGACGCGCAGGUGAUGCCGGCCGGCAGCUGGAGCGGGUAGCGCGCGGGCGCCGCGCCCCACGCGCCGAGGUGAUACAUCGUCGCGUCCGCGCAGCUCAACGCGACGAGCCCCGUCGCCUCGUCGUGCCACACGUAGUCCACCGCGUGCGGCCCGAGCUGCACGUCGGCCGCGCGCCCCGCGCGCAGGUCCACGCGCAAGAGCCGCCCGCCGUCCGUGCCCGCCACGAGCGUGUCCGCGCCCGCCGCCACCAUGCACGUGAUCUGCUCCGCGCCGAGCCGCAAAAAACUGAGGUCCGCCAUGCGCGGCGGCUCGCGCCCGUCCGCGACCAAGCUCCGCCGCCCGUCCGCGCCCCACAGGCACCAGCUCGCGCCUGCGCGGUAGCUCGCGCCCAUCGCGCAGUCGCGCACCGCGCCCGCGCGCCGCAACGUCCACAUGUCGCGCACCACCUUCUCGUCGAGCACACCGCCCCCGCACGUGGCCGGCGCUGGCGCCGCCCGCGGCACCUGGCGCUCGUGCGCAGCCAACUCGCCUGUCAUGAACAACGCUGUAGGAAUGCCCAUCUUUGCCCUUUCCGCUCGCUGCCGCUGUGUGUGUGCUAUACGCUGCCUUAUAUACCUGCCAGGAGAAAUGUCUGCUACUAUCCCCGCGAAAAUAUCCAUCCGAUGCGAACGGCGGAACUCGCCGGAAACCUGGAGCCCCGCCUCUGUCGAUCGUAUGGAGAAACAGCUAAAAUCGCUCAGCUACUCAUCUCUGGCGCUGUGGUUCACGGUCGCCGCAAUGCGGCGCAUGCCCAAGUCCGUUUUUUCUCUGUGGCGGGGCCAGGGAGAGCGGGGCGCAGACGGCCAGAUUUUGUGCACGGCAGACCGCGUUGGCUGUGGUAA